CACGCCUCAGCCAGCCGGGGCAAGGGCCUAUCAGGGGCGAGUCUGGGCAUCCGAGCGGGUUUGACGGAAGGAGCGGCGGCGACGGAGGAGGAGGAUGGAGGCGGUGGUGUUCGUCUUUUCUCUCCUCGAUUGUUGCGCGCUCAUCUUCCUCUCGGUCUACUUCGUAUCCUUGCCUGAGGCGGGCGGAAGCCUUGCCGGGGGACUGAGGGUGGGCCAGUUGGGCACCCAGGCAGCUCGUCCCGAGGCGCCCGGACCAGCCCUGCCUGAGCCACAUCCGCCCUCGGGAGAGAAGGGUCGCCGUUUUUCUGGAAGAGGCCCCUUGCCGUGCUUUCGUCGGUGGGUAAUUCCAGAAUUGAUUGGCCAUACCAUUGUCACUGUAUUAAUGCUCAUUUCAUUGCACUGGUUCAUCUUCCUUCUCAACUUACCUGUUGCCACUUGGAAUAUAUAUCGAUACAUUAUGGUGCCGAGUGGUAAUAUGGGAGUGUUUGAUCCAACAGAAAUACACAAUCGAGGGCAGCUGAAGUCACACAUGAAGGAAGCCAUGAUCAAGCUUGGAUUCCACUUGCUCUGCUUCUUCAUGUAUCUUUAUAGUAUGAUCUUAGCUUUGAUAAAUGACUGAAGCUGGAGAAGCCGUGGUUGAAGUCAGCCUACACUACAGUGCACAGUUGAGGAGCCAGAGACUUCUUAAAUCAUCCUUAGAACCGUGACCAUAGCAGUAUAUAUUUUCCUCUUUGAACAAAAAACUAUUUUUGCUGUAUUUUUACCAUAUAAAGUAUUUAAAAAACAUGAA